UUGUCAUCAUCAUUGUUCUUUCUAGCAAUUCUUCAGUUCUCUAAUCCUCUCAUUCGAAUCCCCAUAUCUCCUUUUUUUACCUUAAAGGACCGGGAAGCGUAUUUAUCACCGUAUUCUCAUCUUUCUGUGCCUCUUACUAUUCAAGUUUUCUAGCCAUCUUCAGUCCUCUGGUGGCGCAAGAUGAAGCUUACAUUUAAAGACUUGAAACAGCAGAAGUUUGUAAUUGAUGCAGAGCCCUCAGAGACGGUUGGGCAAGUGAAAGAAAAGAUCUCUAAGGAGAAGGGCUGGGAUGUCCCCCAACUGAAACUGAUCUACUCCGGUAAGAUUUUGCAAGAUGACAAGGCGAUCGAAUCGUACAACAUCGAAGAAAAGGGCUUCAUAGUAUGCAUGGUCUCCAAGCCCAAGGCCUCCUCAUCUACAGCCACUCCUUCGCAACCCCCCUCGACACCUUCGAGAGCUGCCGCCUCGACCCCAGCUGCGCCCCCUGCUCCGGCUCCAUCUACAAACGCUUCCGCACCAGCCCCACCGGCGACCCCUUCCCCUGCUGGGGCUACACAGCCAUCCAAUGCUGCUUUCAAUGAUCCCUCCGCGUUGCUGAGUGGCUCUCAGGGCGAGGCGGUUAUUUCUCACAUGGAGAGUAUGGGGUUUCCAAGGGAUGAUAUCAACCGCGCUAUGAGGGCUGCUUUCUUCAAUCCUGACCGUGCUAUCGAAUAUCUUCUGAAUGGAAUCCCAGACAACAUCCAACAGGAACAGCAGCAACAACAACAACAGCAGCAGCAACAGCAGCAGCAGGCUACCGCUGUCACAUCUGAUUCGCCUCAGCCCCCCGUUGCUUCCGCUGGGGAGAUCGCCUCUGCGACAACUGGUGGUGAAGAACCAGUCAACCUGUUUGAAGCUGCUGCUCAGGCGGGUACCCAGGAAGGCGCCCAUGGGGCACGCUCCGGAAGUGCAGCCGGCGAAGGACUCCCGAAUCUUGACUUCCUUCGGAAUAACCCACAUUUCCAGCAACUUCGCCAGCUAGUCCAGCAACAACCGCAAAUGCUCGAACCCAUCCUUCAACAAGUCGCGGCCGGUAACCCUCAGAUCGCCCAGCUCAUCGGCCAGAACGAGGAGCAAUUUCUACAGCUCUUGAGCGAAGAAGGUGAUGGUGCGCUCCCUCCUGGUACACAUCAGAUCCAUGUCACCGAGGAAGAAAGAGAUGCUAUCGAACGCCUAUGCCGCCUGGGAUUUUCCCGAGAUUUGGUCAUACAGGCUUACUUUGCAUGUGACAAGAACGAAGAGCUCGCUGCCAACUUUCUAUUCGAGAACCCUGAUGAUCCUGAAGACAUAUAAUUCAACACCAGAGUAUCCCCCGUCGAAGGCUUCCCAACAACAAGUUUGCUGCGAACCUAGUGCUACUCUUUCCCCUUAAGGACAACUGCAAUGCAUCUCUUUGCCGAGUUCCCUACCGAAGCCGGGUUUUAUCAAGACUGGUACAGCUUGGCGUGCUCAGCACG